CAAAAUGCGAGAUGGCCACAGUAUAAACAUCCCGAACAUCCAGGUGCUUACCUCUGUUUCUAUGAUAUUUAGGUGUUUGCCCGUUUCAACUAUCUUUUAUCUCUAACUAAACUAGUUGUUCUUCUUUACCGAUGCCAUAUGUGGCCUGAUCUUAAAGUUCUUCUGUGACUGAAACCUUAGCCUGUUCCUGCUGAGGUUGAGACGGACCGCGCCGAUGACGCUGAGUGCAGUUUGAUAUCUGACAUGACCUCCCAUAUCCUGCAGACGGAACUCUCAAAUUUGAUACAGGAGUCGAAACGGAAGAAUGCAAAUCUAAAAAAUGCAGCGGAGCAGUCCUUGACAGAGCUCAAGGGCUUACCAUCAACUUCGGAAACCCAACUGGCAGCAGAUUUAAUUCGGAAGCCCCAUUUCGUAAAGCCCUUUGUGAUUGCUUGCCAGACUCGCCAUGGCCGGCUUGCCGCAAUUGGGGUGGUCUGCAUCCAGAGAUUGGUGGCAUCUCGGGCACUGCCGCCAGAACUCCUCAGAGAUGUCCUUGACGGGCUUCAUGAAACAACAAACCUAGGUCUCGAUGUCCAACUUAAGGUUUUGCAAACUCUAGGGUCAUUAUUUCAGUAUUAUGCGAUAGAUUUGAAUGGACCGCUUCUCGCUAGUACUUUGGAAAUAUGUUCCACUCUCCAGAAUAGCAAAACAUCAUCUGUUGCGAACACAGCGGCCGCUACAAUGCAGCAGCUCGUGGUGUCUAUCUUCGACAAGGUUUCGAAAACGGAUGCUAUGCCAGACGCUGUUAUUAGCUCGGCUGUAACAGUAUAUGACCAGCAGAUCCAUAUAUCUUCGGCAAGCCAUGACGCUUUAAGGAUUUUGGAUGACCUCUGCCGCUUGAUAGAAGGAGAAAAGUUGGAGUUCCUCAACAUCAAUUCACUUUCCAAGAUUUUCGUGCUUGAAUUGAUUGAGAGUAUUCUUGUCAACAACGGUCAUGUUUUUGCCAAACAUCCAGAGCAAGUUCAGGUUCUCCGUAACCGGUUGAUGCCGUUGACCGUGAGACAUCUUUCCGAGAGGUAUAGCUUUCCUCUAACGGUUCGCGUGGCUAGAAUAUUGCUCCUUCUACUCAGGGAAUAUCUACCCCAAUUAAUAUCAGAGUGCGAAAUGGCACUAGGGCUUCUAAUUCAUUCACUUGACACUGAUGCUGCGGUACCCUGGAAACGUGUUCUUUGUAUGGAAAUCUUCAGAGGGUUGUAUUCCGACCCUGGGCUUGUCAGACUUAUUUACACACUAUUCGACAGCGAAGAAGGUCGCAGAAAUAUCGUCCGCGAUCACAUGGCUUGCUUGGUGAGACUGGCGUCCGAAAAGCCAUCCCUUAUUGGCGUUAGUCACCGAUCGACUUUGCCAACGGGUACAUCGACCUCAAGAAAUACGAUGGAUGAACAAGUUGCGCUUGAGGCUGUUGCUGUCGCUGGCGUCAUUGGAGGCCCAUCCGCAAGAGAGAGCGCGUGUGGUAUUAGUAGCCAGUGGAGUCUUGUUCGGGCGCCAUAUAUCGAAACUCUAGACAAGAUAGACGCGCCAAUGCCUCCUGAAACAUAUAUUUACAGCCUUGUCCUCAACUGUAUCAGUGCGUUUUCGGAGAGCGUUGCAAAGUAUAUCCUUCCCUUAACGGUAUCUGAAUCCAAAAGCAAACGGAAACAUCGAGCUUCGAUCUCGAAUAAAGAAGGCGACGGAUCUGAACUUCAGCGUAGAAGUUCCAGUGGAGCCUCGAAGAAAUUAUCUGUUCCUCUAAACCCGUUGGAGCUCAAAUCUCAUCCCCAGAUUGAUGGCAUUCAGGCUAUCGCUAGCAUGAUCGACACCUGCUGGCCUGCUAUUCUCGCCACAUGUUCCACAUUUCUCUAUGCCUCGUUAGACGGGGAAUUUUACCACAAUCUCGUCCGAUCUUUUCAGAAGCUAACCCAUGUUGCUGGACUUCUAAGGUUAUCUACGCCACGAGAUGCCUUUCUCACUACGCUUGGGAAGGCAGCUGUUCCAGCCGAUCUUGGUAUCAUCAGCAUGCCACUCAAUUCUCCUGGCACAGACUCCCAGAAUGCCCAGACUGCCCAAUCACCCAUGCCGAAGUCCCCAAUGGCCACGGACUCGUUGACUUCGGUAAUUGAAAACACUGCCGCUACUCUUAGCACUCGUAAUCUGUUGUGUUUACGAGCUUUACUGAAUCUUGGAAUUGCGCUAGGGCCAACCCUAGAUCAAGCUGCAUGGUCAAUAAUUCUCGAAACACUGCAACAUGCAGAACUAAUAAUCAGCGUUUCGACCGUGGCUACCUCAAAGCCUACAUCUGCAAACAAUAGAAGCGACGUGAAUGCACCACUUACCCCAGAGCCAUCCAAAUCCAACCUUGGUACCGAAAUAAUGGCGGUUGAAGCAGCAGCAUCUAAAAUGUUUGAGAGCACUGGAGAGUACCCCAAUACUUCGUUUAAAAACCUUUUGACUGCUCUUUUACGCCUUUCUGAAAAGACUGAUAAUGGCAUACCCGGUGUUACACGUGAACAUCACACCGGACUGCCGCAAUCUCCCCCAUCCUCCAAGGUACCAGGGCGGAUACAUCAGAACAAACGCACUAUUUCUAUAACCCUGGGGAAAUCGAGGAUACAGGAUGACGAGUUGAAAUUCGUACUAGCCAAAGUGAACGAAUUGGCAAAGUCGAAUAUUGAACGGCUAGUUCUCCCCGACGAUGAGGAAGGAAUUUGGCACACUUUGGUUGGGGAUCUCGUCUCUAUUACUCAAAAUGCCCAAAUUAAGCAGUCCCUACGUUCAAAUGCAAGUCAUGUUCUUGACAGCCUUGUGUUCCACUCCAUCAAACUCGGAAACUUCGAUGAUCCGGCCAAACGGAAUCAGGUCCAACUUCGCGGAUUGCGCGCGUUGAAAAUUCAGAUCUCGACAUUAUAUAAGUCUAAUCUGGGCUCAAAGUCUUCUCAACGUACGUCCGAUUUCGAAGUUCACGAGAUUGCUCUUGAGACUCUAAAAUUGAUUCUCGAAGAAUGUGGAGAGUCAUUGAUUGCGGGAUGGGACCUGGUUUUUGACUUGAUAUCGAGUGUGUUUGAUGAUAGCGGGCUAAUGUCAGGGGAGAGGGACGAACCCGCCUCGUCUAAUCAUGUUCACAAGAGUCAGAGAAUUUUAAACGUCAAGUCCGCAAGACUCGUCAGAACAGCUUACAGCUCACUGCAGCUUGUCGCUUCCGAUUUCCUUAGUUUACUAUCGUCCCCUUGUCUCUUAGAGCUAGUUAGGGCAUUCUCGAACUUCGCGUCACAGGUGGAAGAUUUCAACAUCUCCCUUACUUCUACUACCUCGUUUUGGAACCUCUCUGAUUUUCUACGAAGCCAGAUCGACAAGUUUUCCAUCGAAAGUCAUAUAGAAGUCGAUUCUAACGAGGAGAUAUUGACCACAUUAGCUAAAAAUUCAGAUCUCCUGAUUUCAAGGAACUCAUUAUGGCUACUUCUUCUGUUACGAAUUGUCGAUUUAAGCACAGAUAAUCGCGCAGAGAUUCGUAAUACUGCAAUCCAGACCGCGCUGCGCAUUUUUGAUGCUUAUGGCCACCAACUCCCGCCAAAGGCCUGGCAUUUAUGUCUGAAUAAGGUUCUAUUUGUUAUGGCAGAGUCGGUACAGAAGGAAGUUCUGAUGGCGUCGCAGGCCUCAAAGUUCCCUGACUCAGGGGAGAUGAAAGCAUUGGUCGAAACCGCUGUGAUUUUGACGAAAGGACUGUCCAAUUUAAUUGCCGCGUAUUUUGACACCAUCGCACAGCAUGAGGACUUUGCUCAAUCAUGGAAGCGACUACUAGAUUUCUUCGAUGCGAUAAUCAAUAUCAAACUCCUUGAGUUAGAUGAAUCGGUCUUUUCGAGCUUUUCGGAGGUCCUCUCACGAACGCGGGGCUACGAACAGAUCAGCGUGGAAUCUUUAGAGUCUGCGUGGGCUGUCUGGGUCAAUGGUAACCCAAUUACACGAGACGAACAGCCUGAUUUAGCCGUGCAAAAUCAAAAUGCUUUGCUAGCCUAUCUAAAAACCUUUAAGCAACUCUAUCAACUCCUGAAGGACAGAUUAACCGAAGGACAUAUUCAUCAAGUGCUUAACAACUUACGAAUCGCCGUUUGGGGUUCAGUGUCCUCACGAUAUACCCCGGAUGUGGACCACCUGUCAGAACUGCAAUCGCUCGCUAUGGAAUGCUUGAAGACAAUAUGCUCUGAAAGAGCUUCUUCUCAACCUGCACUUGUUACAUGCCUUGCGGAGUUUUCCGAUUGUGCGUUGACAAAAUGGUCUGAAGGUCAAGAUAGCCGAAGGCCAACAUUCGUGGCAUUCUCGAAGUCCGCAAUGCGACUGCUUGGUUGGUAUAUUGCAGAAUAUGGGAUUAUCACGGAUAUUUUCUCGGACGGUACUUUAGUGAGAGCGCUUGAGCGUCUCUCCAACCAAAUAGCUCAUAAAUAUAAUUGGAAUGGAAGAGAUCGUGGACCUGCCCUCUGGAGAGUGGGAACAUCCGUUUCGCUCGAUAUUCUCCAGGUUGCUGUUCCCUAUGUUGAGAAAGAACAUGCCAAUUCCAGCGAAGACGAACUUGUUCGUUUCUGGAACUGCGUUGUGGACAUUUCAAAAGGGAUCGUUUCUGCCCACGGUUACGAAAAAUUGAACAUUCAGUCCCACGAAAUUUACGAAGAUGAAGAAUUUGACAUAACAGCUUUCUCCCGCCUCCGUGACAUCGUGAUACCAUCGCUUGGUUCACUUCUAAUCCCGGAUAAAACACGGCGUGACUUCGCCUGCGCGCUUUUCCACUCGUCCUUUGUCUACCCAGCACAGAAUUCGGACCUACCCCGAGGAACACUCGCAAGAGAACCGCUGCGGGAUUUAUAUAAAAUUCGUAUGGGACGUACAUAUGAUCCGCCUCCAAUCCCCCGAUCAAAGAUGGCCUACGUGAUGAUGGACUCAUUAUUUGACCUUGUAUCAGUGCGCUCCAACAAUUGUCCUUCCCACAAACAAUCGGUAUCGGCGUCUCCGUCGAAAGUUUCACGUCAGGACGCAACAAGUCCCUAUAUAUUCCUCGCUAAAUCCGUAUCCCCGUAUCUAAUCCUACGUUGUGCAAUAUCUCUGAAAUCCUACAUCGCAGAUCAGCCACUGCGUGGGCUCAUGCCCCAACCUACACCGGCACGAAAGGAAUUGCUAUGGCUGCUACGUCGGCUCGUCGAGCUGCGAAGCGAACCGGCUGCGAUCCCCGACGCGGGUCCUGUUGUACCGUUAGAGGGGGAAAGAGGUGGUGGUAAUUCAGCGAUGUACAAGAAGCAUCUAGGCUGGGUGUAUCCGCUCGUGGUGAAGGCGAUGGGAGUUGCUGGGAAGGAGAGUGAGAAUAGCAGCGUUUUGGACGCGCUGCAGAAGGUGUUGGCGACUAUUUCGCGAGAUCAACUUGGUGGUAGUGACGAAGAUGAGGAGGAGGAGGAGGAGGACGAUAGGGAUGAUUGAUUCGCUGACUACAUUAAAAAUGCAGCUCAAAUGGGGGUGCUAACAGUUAAACAAAACAACAUAAAACUGUAUGUACUUUCCCAUACUAAGAUUAUUGCAGUGGUUACAAAGUGAUCAAUGGCGUGCUGUGAUCGAGGAAUUGAAGUACGUGCCUUCUUCCACUUAAUCAGUUGUUUGCUAAGCUGGGUUUAGUUUUAUUUUACGUAUCAUAGCAUUUUUUUUUUCUUUUUUUUUUUUUUUUUUCGCCGUUGUCCAGUUCUUGUCGUCAAUGGGAGGAUAUAAAAUUUCAUUGAGGUAGUUAUGACCCGUUGCAUUGUGUUAGUAUGCGGCGUAGAGAGGUUAGCUAGCUUGAUAGUAUGAACCGAAUAAUCUAUGGAUUAUCAUAAUUCAUGAUACACAAUGUGGUUGUCCAUACAGAACCAAAUAAACAAGGAACAGGGCCAAAGCCCAUGACCACUACGCCAAUAAGUCAAGCGGCUUCCGCCGCGUACGAUCGAACAAUC